UGCCCCGGAAGCGGACGCUGGGGUGCGCACGCGGCCGCGGGACGGGGUAAUUGGUGCUGCGGGCGCUGACGCUGCUCUCCCCUGGCCGGAGUCGCGCGGGGCGAGCCAUGGAGUACAUGCCGCCAUCCGCGGCGCCCACCCAGGGGCACAUCCUGUGCUGCGAGUGCGGCGUGCCCGUGCCGCCCAACCCUGCCAGCAUGUGCGUGGCCUGCCUGCGCGCCCGUGUGGACAUCACCGACGGCAUCCCCAAGCAGGCCAGCAUUCACUUCUGCAAGCAGUGCAGCAGGUAUCUUCAGCCUCCAGGAACUUGGAUCCAAUGUGCCUUAGAAUCAAGAGAACUUCUUACUUUGUGUCUUAAAAAAAUCAAAGCCUCCCUUAACAAGGUCCGGCUGAUUGAUGCAGGCUUUGUUUGGACUGAACCCCACUCUAAGAGACUUAAAGUAAAGCUAACUGUGCAAAAAGAGGUUAUGAAUGGAGCAAUUCUUCAGCAGGUGUUUGUGGUGGAAUAUGUUGUUCAUUCUCAAAUGUGUGAUGACUGCCAUAGAGUUGAAGCUAAGGACUUCUGGAAAGCAGUAGUUCAAGUCAGACAGAAGACUUCUCACAAAAAGACUUUCUUCUAUUUGGAGCAGUUGAUUUUAAAGCACAGACUUCAUCAAAAUACUCUUCGCAUUAAAGAGAUUCAUGAUGGCCUGGAUUUUUAUUAUGCUUCAAAACAGCAUGCCCAGAAGAUGGUAGACUUUCUUCACUGUACAGUUCCUGCCAGAUCAAAAUCAUCCCAGCGUUUGAUUUCUCAUGAUAUCCAUAGCAAUGUCUACAAUUACAAAAGUACUUUCUCCGUGGAGAUUGUUCCAAUAUGCAAGGACAAUGUAGUAUGUUUGUCACCCAAAUUAGCACAAAGCCUGGGGAACAUGAGCCAAAUUUGUGUGUGCAUCAGAGUGACAAGUACCAUUCACCUCAUUGAUCCCAACACUCUGCAGAUUGCUGACAUCGAUGGAAAUACUUACUGGCGUCAUCCUUUCAAUAGCUUGUUCCACCCAAAGCAGCUGGAGGAGUUUAUUGUUAUGGAUAUCAACAGAGUCCAAGAAAGGAAACUAAGUGCAGGUGCAGGGAUGAGAUCGAACAAACAUACUCUGGCUGAAGCCUGGGUAAAGAAGACAUCAGAGAUGAAUACAGAUCAUCAGUAUUUCUGCCGUACCCAUUUGGGACACCUUCUAAAUCCUGGGGACCUAGUUUUGGGAUUCGACUUGGCCAAUUGUAACCUAAAUGAUGAAUUUGCAAAUAAAAUGAAUCCACAUGAUGUCCCAGAUGUGGUAUUAAUAAAGAAGAGUUAUGACCGUAGUAAACGCCAGCAUCGCAGGAACUGGAAACUGAAAGAGCUGGAAAGGGAUAGAGAAGGCAUGGAUACAGAUGAUGAAAGACAGUACCAGGACUUCCUUGAAGAUCUUGAAGAAGAUGAAGCAAUUCGAAGGAAUGUCAAUAUUUAUAAAAGUACACACAUUCCGGUGGAGAGCGACACAGAUGAUGAUGGUGCUCCACGGAUCAGUCUGGCUGAGAUGCUAGAGGAUCUCCAUAUCUCCCAGGAUGCAACUGGUGGGGAAGGUGCUGAUAUGAUGACAUAAUAAGAACGUGUAUUCAUAAAAGCAGUAAAAUUUCUUCCCUUGAGGGAAGAAAUAUCCAGUAUUUAAAUAAAUGCUAUGAACUGCAAAGCUAACUAUAAGCAUGUAUAUGAUCUCAUGAAUGGGCAGUUAUACACAUAUAUCUUGCUGUAUCCUAAAUCAGCUUAUUUUAUGGAUAUGAUAGUCAGAAUCAUCCUGGGGAUCAGCAUUCCUUAGUGGUAAACUGCUGAUGUAGGCAUCACAACGUUAAACGAGGAUACGCUUUGAAAGUGUUGCUCACCACUCAUGUAACUUCUGUAGUGUGGAAACAAAGUGACAAACUGAAAAAAGGAUUGUCUUGUGGUUAAGGAAAAGAACUAGGAAUGGAAAGAUCAAGGUUCUGUUGCUGGUUGUUAGACUUCCUGUCUCGCUUAAUCUUUUUCUGCCACCACUCUUAAGUUUCCUUACCUGUAAAAUAGGAAUAUUAUCCUACUUCACAGGAGAGUUGUUGUCAGGGUAUUUUUUUUUUAAUACUUUCUAGACCUUCAAGUAGAAUAUACUAAAUACAUCUGUAUUACAUAUUUUUAAACUUAUGUGGGUGGCUUCCCUUCCUUUAGCAAGGCUAGGGAUAAAUGGCAAUUGCAUAAAAAUCUCCUAAAUGAAUAUAUUAACUCAGCCGCCUGAGUUAUUAAAUAAAUGCUUGAACUGCUAAGCUAACUAAAGCAUGUAUUAACUCAGCUGCCAUUAACUCUGUCCUCUCUAUAGCAAAGAUUGGGCAUCCCUGCUCAGUAUAAUACAUACUGCCCAAUUCGGAAUGUCAGUGCAAGUGAGUGAGAGCAAUAUGAAUAAACUACCUAGAUCCUUAUAUUUAAAACUGGUAGAUAUAUAAAAGCCUUUAACAUCCAGUAAAUGUAUGAUUUCAUUGGAUGGGAAAUGAGGAUAAGAAUGUAUAAAAUGCAAAACCUGUAAUGCCACUUUCCCUUUAACUUUUCUGAAAAGGAUGAUUCAGAGUAACUGGGAAGGGCCAUAAGGAGACAUCCACGCAGAACAGUUGAAAGAAAAGGUCAAAAGUUAGAAAAAGCUGCAUUGGGCUUCAAGAUAAGGUGAAGAUAUACCUAGUGGUACUGCCAGUAACCCAGACACUGUGCCAUGUGGAGAAGAAUGGCUGUAAUUAAUCUUAUAGUCAAGUUUCAAUUCCUGCCUGUGACCUUUUAUUCACGGACCUUGCUUGAUCCAGGUCUUAAAUAUCCUUGGUGCCUAGGGGCUUGAACCAAUUCCAGUUGAAGUCAAUGGCAGUCUCCAAAAGUGGGAUUAGGCUUGAUUCUUUUCUGAAUUAUUCUUCAUAAUGUUGUAAUUUGUUUAAGUUAAUCUUAGUAUUGUCAAUUUGUACUCAAAAAAAGAUGAUUUGUCAGGCAUUUUUAUGUAGCUAAGCUUGGGGGGGGGGGGGGCAUCUUGGCACUGAACAAGAGUGGCACACAAAGGGAUCACUCUAUUAUUUUGCAUCUGUGUUACACUGACCUGAUGAUCUACAUCCUCUUUCAGGAGGUUUGUCAAUAUUUUACACCAUAUGGAAUAGCAUUUAAAAAACCAAAAUCCAUAAGGCUGCUUUGAUCCCCAGUCGCACUUCAUGCCAUAAGGUCCAAAAUAGAAAAUUCAUUAAAACAAUGUUUUUACAGUUUUUUUUCAUGAGAGUGCAGCUAUGUAGCCAAAGUGAAUUAUCACUGUCAUAAAUAUGGAUUUUAUUAUACAGACUUUACUAUUGUGGGGAAAAUGAUGUAGAAACUUGGCCAUAAAAAAUAUGCUGGAGAUGCAA